ACGCGCAUGCGCGCCGUAAAUCAAUGCCGGUCUGGAGAGCCUGGCGGAAGCUACUUUUGCAACAUGGCGGCCGAGGCGGACGGGCCGCUCAAACGGGUGCUGGUUCCGAUUCUUUUACCUGAGAAAUGCUACGACCAAAUUUUAGUCCAGUGGGACUUGCUUCACGUCCCCUGUCUCAAGAUUCUCCUCAGCAAAGGCCUGGGACUGGGCAUUGUAGCUGGGUCACUUCUGGUAAAAUUGCCCCAGGUGUUUAAAAUCCUUGGAGCCAAGAGUGCCGAAGGGCUGAGUGUCAAGUCAGUAAUGCUGGAACUAGUGGCAUUGACUGGGACCAUGGUCUACAGCAUCGUCAACAACUUUCCCUUCAGGUGUCGCUUUCCUAGCGUGCUAUGCCCUGGUCCUGCUGGUGCUUCUUUCACCACUGACGCCCCUGGCUGUAGUCACCCUGCUCCAGGCCUCCAAUGUGCCUGCUGUGGUGAUGGGGAAGCUGCUCCAGGCAGCCACCAACUACCGCAACGGACACACGGGCCAGCUCUCAGCCAUCACAGUCUUUUUGCUUUUUGGGGGCUCCCUGGCGCGAAUCUUCACCUCCAUUCAGGAAACUGGAGACCCACUCAUGGCUGGAACCUUUGUGGUCUCUUCCUUAUGCAAUGGCCUCAUUGCUGCCCAGCUUCUCUUCUACUGGAAUGCAGAGGCGCCCCACAAGAAGAAAAAGGAGCAGUAGAGCUGAGUUGGCUCCCAGAAUCCAUUCCAUGUUUCCCUUCAUCCACCCAACCUCAGGGUCCUUCCCAUCUCUGCCAGUCUGCUGGUGUGACUUAAUCAUUCCCCAUUCUUCUGUAGUUGCAACUUCUUGAGCCAGGGUUUGUUUUAGUGGAAAUGCAUAGUCGGUGGACUCAGGUCCUUAGGAAAGGAUGGGGGUAGAUUUUCAGGCUCACAUUUUCAUGUUGUGUGCUGUCCUGUGUAUGCACUAUUAACUCAUUUAAUCAUCUGGCUGAAAGUCCUCCUUUAGCAAUUUUCAGCUACUUACCGAUUCUGGGCAAAAGUCUUGCCCUGUUCCCCCCAUUCCCUCACUUCUCUUCUGGCCCUGGACAGUGGAAAGGACUAGAGGUUUAUGCCUGCCAGGGACUGUCUCCUGGACCCCAGUGCUAGGUGGGGGGAGGGGGACAGAGAAUGACUCAGGCAGGGCCCCAGGGUGGGGUGAGGAGGUUCCUGCUCUGGCAGGUCCAGGCGGAAGGGAGUGGAGACCAUGCUGGUUCCUGCUGCAGUGAGGGGGAACAGAGAUGGGGCAAUAAAGACUCAGAGACAUGGU